AUGUCGUCGACAAAAUCAGUUCAAAUUGUUGAUAUAAUGACAAAUAAUAAUCAUGAUUCACGUAUUAUUAUUAAUGUUGGUGGAACAAGAUUUGAAACUCAACGUGCAACAUUAAAAAAAUUACCCGCUACACGUUUAUCAAAAUUAACACCACAAUUAUCAUUUUAUGAUCCAUUAUUAAAUGAAUAUUUUUUCGAUCGACAUCCAGGUGUUUUUUCUCAAAUACUUAAUUAUUAUCGAACAGGAAAACUUCAUUAUCCAAAUAAUGUUUGUGGACCUUUAUUUGAAGAUGAACUAACAUAUUGGGGUAUUCAAAGAGAAGAAGUUGAACCUUGUUGUUGGAUGACUUAUACAAAAUAUCGAUCAACACAAGAAACAUUACAAGUAUUAGAUUCAUUAGAGUUAGAUACAGUACGAUCAACAACUGAUGAUAUUGUUAAAAAAUUUGGUUGGGAAGAUGAUUUUGAUUUAAUUACAAGUGGUCAUUUAUCUAAACGUAAACGUUUAAUGAGUAUAAUAUGGCAAUUAUUUGAAGAACCAAGAUCAUCAACAAUAUCGAAAAUAAUUGCUGUUAUAUCAAUGUUUUUUAUAAUUGUUUCAAUAGCUACAUUUGUUCUUCGUACAUUACCAGCAUUUGAAAUAGCUGAAUAUGAUUUUAUAACUGUUUAUACGUAUAAUAAUUUAACUGAACAAACAACUGUAUAUAAUACUCAACAAAGAGAAAUAGUUUCUAGUUUUGAUACAAUUGAAUGGAUAUGUAAUUCUUGGUUUAUAUUUGAAAUAAUAUUAAGAUUUUUAGUUGCACCAUCGAAACGAACUUUUUGUACAUCUAUACUUAAUUGGAUUGAUUUUCUUGGUACAUUUUGGUUUUGUUUUACUUAUAUUCUAUAUAAUAUAUUUCAUUUUAAUGGUUAUAAUGCUGCAUUAGAUCUUCUAUCAACUAUACGUGUUGCACGUAUGUUUAAAUUAUGUAAUCUUCAUCCACGUUUAAAAGUUAUCAUAACAUCAAUGUCAUAUUCAUCAAGUGUAUUAAGUUUAUUGAUAUUUUUCUUUUUUCUUGCGACAAUGAUAGCAGGUUCAUCAAUGUAUUAUAUUGAACGUUUAAGUAAUUCAACCGAUAAUCAAUUAGUAUCAAUUGUUGAAGGUAUAUCACUUGCAAUAAGUACAAUAAGUACACUUGGUUCAGGUGAUAUUGUACCAAAAUCAUUUUUUGGUAUGAUAUUUGGUGCAAUAACGACUAUAGUUGGAGUCUUAAUUAUUGAUUUACCAAUGCCAAUUAUUGUUGAAACAUUUGCAAAUUUUAAUUCACAUCUACAAACACGACAACAAUUACCAAAACAGAGAAGACGCAUAACACCAGCUGCUAUACCAAGAAAAAUCAAACCACAAAUGCCACCAAAUGGAUAUACUCAUCAACAUUGA